AUGGCGGCACCAAAGCUGGAAUCUUUCAGGCGGGGUAGCAUGUUCGACGGAUCUUUCAGGCGAGGUAGUAUGUUCGAUGGUUCGUUUCGACAAAGCAUGAGAGAUAGGCUUAUCCUACAGAGCAGAGGCUAUUCCAAUGUCAACGACGAUGACAAAACUUCCGUCCGUUGCUGCUCCUACAGCUACUUCUCUGACAAGAUCACGGGGGUUGUGAAGAAAUUAAAGGAUGUUUUGGUUACGGCAUGGGAGAUGGGAACAGCUGACCCGAGGAAGAUGAUAUUCUCGGCGAAGAUGGGUUUGGCUCUGACACUUACCUCUAUCCUCAUCUUCUUUAAGAUCCCAGGAUUAGAGCUCAGCGGCCACUAUCUCUGGGCAAUUCUUACAGUAGUUGUUAUCUUCGAGUUCAGUAUAGGAGCCACCUUUAGCAAAGGAUGUAACCGGGGACUAGGAACAUUGUCCGCAGGAGGACUGGCGCUUGGCAUGUCUUGGAUAUCGGAGAUGACUGGAAAUUGGGCAGAUGUUUUUAAUGCUGCUAGCAUCUUUGUAGUAGCCUUUUUUGCGACUUAUGCAAAGCUAUAUCCAACGAUGAAGCCUUACGAGUACGGAUUCCGGGUGUUCUUGCUGACCUAUUGCUACGUAAUAGUGUCAGGAUACAAAACAGGGGAAUUCAUGGAAACAGCUGUUUCAAGGUUCCUUCUGAUAGCUCUUGGUGCCAGUGUUGGCCUCAUAGUGAAUACUUGCAUUUAUCCCAUAUGGGCUGGGGAAGAUCUCCAUAACUUGGUCGCCAAGAACUUUGUGAACGUAGCGACUUCUCUGGAAGGUUGUGUGAACGGAUAUCUUGAGUGCGUAGCAUAUGAUACAAUCCCAUCUAGGAUUCUGGUCUAUGAAGCUGUCGCGGAAGAUCCAGUGUACAGUGGUUACAGAUCAGCCGUUCAAUCUACAAGCCAAGAAGACACCCUGAUGAGUUUUGCAUCAUGGGAGCCACCACACGGACCGUACAAAUCCUUUAGAUACCCAUGGGCACUGUAUGUGAAAGUAGGUGGUGCAUUGAGGCAUUGUGCUAUCAUGGUCAUGGCGUUACAUGGCUGCAUUCUCUCAGAGAUCCAGGCUGCAGAGGAUAGAAGACGAGAAUUUCGUAAUGAGCUUCAAAGAGUGGGAAUCGAAGGAGCAAAAGUACUAAGAUACAUUGGGGAAAGCCUGAAGAAGAUGGAGAAGCUAAACCCUAUAGAAGACAUACUCUACGAGAUUCACCAAGCAGCAGAAGAACUACAGAGCAAAAUCGACAAGAAAUCAUACCUUCUCGUGAACGCCAAGAAUUGGGAAAUCGGGAACCGGCCUAGGGUUAGGGAUUUGACUGAUGAACAAAAAAUCUCGAAUCUCGACUCUGAUCUAAGUCGGAUCUUGGCUCAUAAAUCUCAGAGUGAAGCCACUCUUCGUCCACCGAAGAAUUGGGAUGAUGUUACAACUGCAGCUAACUUGAGUUCGGCGACGAUGCUUCCUUACCUGCAAUCAAGGACGAUGAUACAUAAACAGCCGUCGUGGCCUAGCCGGAUCUCUAUUACGCCGGGAAGUAUGUUACAGCCACCACUGGGAGAGCCGGGAAAAAUGUACGAGAGCGCGAGUAAUCUUUCUCUAGCUACGUUCGCUUCGCUACUGAUCGAAUUCGUCGCGAGGCUUGAGAAUCUCGUGAAUGCGUACGAUGAGCUCAGUGUCAAAGCUAAUUUCAAAGAAGCUGUCUCUGAGUGA